AAGCUUUAUUUUUGCCUUAAUACGGUCUUACAAAAAUAAGUUUAAAUUGCUGCACAUAACCUUUACAAAAAAGACAGGAUUCUAACAUAGUUCAUAUUUGAAGAACAAGUAACAUUUUCAAGCACCUUCAUGAAACAGCACCUUAGUACACAUCAAAUCAUGUCCUGAGAGGUCAAAGUGCAAAAGGAGAAUAUUGGUCAUUUGAGUUAACAUGAACUGUUUAUACUGCUGAAUCAAAUCCUACAUUAUUUUUGAAAAAAAAAAAAAAAGAGCAAAUGUUACCAUUUGUCAUCACAUGUGAAUUCAUCUGGCAGGUUCAAAAGAUGUAAUUUGACAGGAAGUUAAAUUAUAAGCAAGCUAAGGGGAUUGGUGAAAAUCCAGUCGAGUGUCAGUGAUUGGCCAGAAAAGAAGGAAACACCGAAAACAUUAAGGCGACUCGUCAGAUUUGUAGAAAAGUUGUAAUGACUGGUGAAAAUUACAAGUCUGCGAGAAAUUUGUGAAUGAGUGAAUUUGCAUUAACUGUUAUGAGGGACUGGCGACCUGUUCAAGGUGACCCCGCCUCUCGCCUGGAGAUAGGCACCAGCACCCCUGCUGACCCCAAAGGAAUGAGGUUGUAAGAAAAUGGAUGGAUGGAGUUGCGAUCGCAACAUCGCAACUUCCAGGAGGGCCUGUCUUUCUGAUAAACAACAGCUCGGCACCCAGAAGGAAUGGAGCAGUUUCUUCAGUCGUGUUUCGUGAUUAUCCACCACAGAGGACAUUCAGAGACUCACCAAUUCAUUUAACUACCUCAAUGUCUCUAUGCUGUAACUGCAAAGUAAUUUCCCUGCUGGGAUGAAUAAAGUAUUUCUAUUCUAUUCUAUUCUAUUCUAUUCUAUUCUAUUCUAUUCUAUUCUAAGCCACACAUGAUAUCUGUCUGAAUCAUUUUGUGAUGCCAUAGAACUGUGCAACCAUGCAAAGAAGACAGUGGGACCAUGGAUAAACUGUACUGAGUUUUAAAGGAUCUUCUGGUUUGUGGUUAGUACAUAACAUUCAGUAAUGUACUGAUCAGACAUGAAAGAUUCCCAAGGUCAAGAAAGGAAGCCCAGACGGAUCCGUGGAGGACUUCAUGGGUCACCAGCUCUACCGCCAAGUGUUUUAAGCAUGCCCUGAUCUGCUGCAACUGCAGGUCGUGGUGAUUCAUUAUCGUUACCAUCUGCACUGAGAUGGUAAGCAUGAGUGAGACUGGCAUAGGAUGCAGCGACAUGAAAAUUAAAAACAGCAGUCCACUUGUCAUGGUUAUGUUGAUAGUUUUAUGCUAGAGUUGGGAUUUCUUCUAUGGCCAGCUUCAACCUGCGACUGUUUGUCUCCACAGGAAAAAAUUGGUUUAUGUACAUAGGCAUAAAAUGGCAACAGGUAGUAAAUGUGGAAUCGUGAGCCAUGUUUUACCUACACACACAUUUGCCGGGACAAACUUUCAAACAAGUGGAAUUCAGUAAUUUUCUCCCACAAAUGUGUCUCUAUAGUCCACAGUUGAAGGAAUACCAAUGAACUGAAUACAAAUAAUUAGAGCUGAUGAAAGCAUUAAUAAACAUGAGUUUUAUCCUUGGGCUUACUAAGAAACAGCAGCAGAACAUUGUAAAGAUGAGAGAGCAACUGGACUUCCUUAUAAAAAGAAUUGGCUUUAAACCAUCUGAAGCUAUAAGCUACUUUGAAGAAGUCAGUGCUAAUUGAUUUGACGCCCAGUUAUUAAAACCAAAAAUAAAGCUGGAAAUUUAAGUCUGGUUUAUCUUUAAUGAGAAAAAAACCCCGAAUUCAAACAGAGUGAUUGUCACUUUGGGACAGAGAGAAAUAAAGAAAAGAUGACAACGUGACUGCCUCUGGAAAUGGGACUGGGAAUAUCAGCUCCACCACACACACACACAAGCACAUGCAUACCCCCCCCACGCACACACACACACGGAAGCAUGCACAAAGAACCGGUCCCUCCUCCUAGCCUGGAAACCUGUGCUGGAGGGAGUGACUCGAUCCAGGCGGCGUCCAAUUAUAUGGAAACAGCACUUAUUCCACUUUAUUCCACGCUACAGUUAAGUGGCUUGAAGCCUUCAGAGACGCACAGGCGUGCGGUAUAAAGCGGAUCAGCAGGCAGAGAGACGCUCCCCAUGUGACAUGUGCAGGGAAAGCUGCAGACAAAGGUAGAAGUCUCUCCGCACGCCGAGUGAUGCGGAGACAGAGGAUGCUCCAAAUCAAAUCCACGAGGAGCUCUCUGGGUUUUUCUUGUUUUUUUUUCUUUUCUUUUUUUCUUUCCCUCGUCUGGAAAAUCCUCGGCUCAACAUAAAUGAUUCAUGAGAGCGCGCUUCUGUUUCUGAGAGAGUAAUAGUGAGUUUCAACUGAAGCCAGGCAACCUGCGGGAAGGCAGGGCCAGAAUCUCGGAGAGAGUCAGUUCAUCUGAGAGAGUUUGAUCAGGAGAUCAUCUGUUGCUCCGCGCGGAUGUCUGACCGCCGCCUGGUCCUGGUCGGGGCAGCUGGGAUGGAACAGAGGCGGAUUUUGCUCCUGAUGCGCCGGAUACACCUUGAUCUGUCCUGAUGUGAUGCCACAUUGUUGCACUGAAGGGAAUGAGAACAUCCCACACCUCGGCCGGCUGCUUUCCACGCUUCAUCCUCUCUGUGUGUGACACACCAUAAUCUGCCCUCUCCAGGGAGCGCGUUUGGACACUCUGACCCUCAAAAAGAAGCGCAAAAGCUGACAAGCCUCGCGUUAAAGUGACCUUGCCGGGUCGGGAGGAGGGUAUCAUCAUGCUAAUGAUGAUGGAGACCAGCGGCAUGGACGCGCAUCAGGUUGAUAUUGAUUCGGACUUCGAGCCGCAUGCUCGGUCGCGGUCAUGUACCUGGCCACUCCCGCCGUGUCCCGAGGGCUUCCCCGGGGCAGAGGAGGCGAGCCGCGGGGGUCUGGCUCUGGCGACCGUCAAAGCGGAGCGCUACGACGUGCCGGCGUGCCGGGCCGACAGGAAAGGCGGCGCGCCGGCGGAGAUCAAGCACCCGGCCGGCGCCCCGGCUCCGGUCGUGGCUUCUCCCGCUUGCAUGUCCGGGGCUGCCCUCGACGUGGUCGGCCAGCUGCGCAAAGCCAAGUCGUCACGCAGGAACGCGUGGGGGAACCUGUCGUAUGCGGACCUCAUCACCCGCGCCAUCGAGAGCGCACCAGAGAAGAGGCUCACUCUGUCCCAGAUCUACGACUGGAUGGUUCGCUUUGUUCCUUAUUUUAAGGAUAAAGGCGACAGCAACAGCUCGGCUGGAUGGAAGGUAGGCCACGUGAAAACAAUCCUCCUGACACCACAGGGGAACGCUGACUAUAUUUAGUGAUCCUGCGUCUGCAGCAGCACUCCCUUUGUGCAUAUUUUAGAGCCACAUAAUUGACCCUUGGCCCCCGUGAUUUAUGUCUGUAGCGUGUCUCGCUGUCUCUCCACAUGACACAGUGUGUGGAAAUGGGCGUGAGCGCGCCCGUUUCAGGGUUCACUGGGUUCGUGUGUUGAGAGUUCGCAUCCCGUGCAUAUAGGAGCCGCCGCAAGGAGACAGAUUUCCAUACUUUCUUUUGCUGCUGGAGAAGCGCGCGGUGGCGCAUCGAUCCGGCCUGCCGUCGGGUCACGCAGGGGACAGCGGGUGCCUCGGGCUGCUCAACCUUAAGCUGCACACCAGUUUAGAGUUUAAUGCUCAGCCUGCCCCCCUCCUCUCCUCCCACCACUAGUCUCCACCAGACCCUCUUGUCGAUCCGUUGCGCCCGUCAAAUUACGCACAGGCUGUUGGAAAAGCGUGGCACAAGCAAGUGGUUUGAAAGCACAAUAACAAGAGAUGAUGACGCCGGUUGUUAUAGUAAACAGAUGUAACCUCGGAUUAUCUCUUACAUUCAAAUUAAUAUGAGGUUAAUCUAAUUGAUUGGUCGCUCUAAUCUGCUUAGAUUUACCCGCCAUUCGGUGUUGGGAUUAGCAGUCUUGUUUUCAAGGCACAAACUGCAGCUUCCCUUCAUUCUCAUCUUUAUUUUUGUUUUCUAAAGUUCUCCCUCUGGGCUUUUUGCACUUCAAAGCAAGAUGAUGAGUAUUACUCAGUGUUCUGAUAUCACAUGGGCUAAUAAGAACUGGGAAGUCUGGUUGGUGAAGGGUCAGUAAGUGGGGAAAGUAAAAGUAAACUUGAAAAAGUUAGACUUUUUUUCCAGUAAAUGUCCCCUGCUGCCUUCUAGAAGUUAAAAAAAAGUCUUUAUUGGAGUUGGACAUGUCUUUGCUUUGUGUUGAUGUUCAACUGAGCGAUACUCUGAGAUUUGGAAUCAGUGUCUACAGCAAGCUGUCCUGGUUUGGCGUAGGUGGAAUGGAGCAGAAGACGGACAGAUUUAGGACUUUAUCUGCAGUAAGAACAGCAUCACUACAUUCAACUGUGGUGAUGGAGAAGCUGGGUUGAAUGACAAAACUCUCGGUUGACUGGUCAGUCUACCUCCCAAACCUCACCUUCACUCAUCAGAGAUGAGUUGUGACUUAAAGAAAAAAAAAAUGAUUCCAUGGUCAUGGUUCUCACCUAGAACAAAGGUGGGUUGCUCCUUCUGGGUCAGAGGUCAGCCACCAUCAGGGUCAGUGAACCCUGAUGGUGCAGGGGAUGGAGAGACAGAUUGGGAGUUCAUCUGCAGUAUAUCAGGUGCUGCUUUGGUGCUUUGCGGUAAGGAAAGAAAUUAUUAUUCCAACCCUCAUUUAUGGUCAGAUCCAUCCAUCCACUGAGAUCAAGGACACAAGCAGCUGGACUGAGCUUCCACAGGUUAUGAGUUCAUAUGGAGGAGGCUGGUAGUAGGACCUGCAUGCUGAAAGGAUGUGACUGAAGUGGUUCAAGUAUCAGAGCUGGGUGGUUCCUUUCAGAGGUUUUCCGGACUCUUCCACUUGAAGAAGAUACCAUGGGAGACUCAGAUUUCACUGGAGGAACUAGAUUUCCAUUUUUGUCUGGGAACACAUUGACUAUUGACUGUUUUGGGGGUUCAGUUGAACAACAGUCAGUUGAAAAUAAUCUCUAUCCUAAACAAUGGAUUUAAAGCAGGAGUUUAACUCUGUGGAGCUGGGGACGUUCUGAUUGGCUGCUCAGGAGAGGAAGCAGAUUGGUGUGUGUGUCAGCGACUCGUCUCGGGACAAAACAACAUAACACAAAAACACUCCUAUGUGACAGACUUUAUCAACAAUAAUAGCUGAAAAAACUAAAGAAUACAAGAGAGUGAAGGAACACACACAGUUUGGACUGGAACACUGGGUUAUGAUGGAUGGAUGGAUGGAUGGAUGGAUGGAUGGAUGGAAAAAUGCAAUCAGACUAUGUUGGCCUUUGACCUAGCUGUUGGUAGAGGUCAUAGUUCAGAUCAUCUGUCUCCAGGUGUCCACUUCCUGUUGAGGUGUCAGUCUGCAGCUUUGGAUUCACACACUAGCACACUUCUUGUCCUCAGUGACAGUUGAUGGAUUCUUUUAAGCAGAGCCACAGAUAACCAGAAUAAGAACGGAGCUGGACUGUGCGCUGGAGCGGAGUGAGUUCGGUCCUGACUAUGUAUGGAUUCUCUGAGUGGGUCUCAGUAAUUGCAGUCAAGUGUUUGUUAUUGUAGCUGAGGUGGGAGGCUUUGUUUGGUCAGAUGAAGUGAGUUCACUCCUGUAGGUGGUCACAGUCAUGAUGGUGGUGGCGGGGGUGGGUGGUAAGAACUCUCUCUCUUACACACAC